AUGGCUGAAAUAAAAAAUCAAUACAGAGAAAUUAGCCGAGAAAAUCAGGAGUAUAAGGCUAUAAACGCACAGCUAACACUGAAGGUGUCUUCCCUGGAAACCAAGGUCCGAGAUCUGGAGCAGUACUCUCGUCAAGAUAACAUUGAGAUUAGCGGACUGCCAAAGACAGCGGGGCGGGAGGACGAGAGGAGCAUCCUGCGGGACGUGGGACGAGCCAUCGGUCUGGAGGUGAACGAAAACACUGUAGUCGCUGUCCAUCGAGUUCCUACCUACAGCAGGACAAGAGUGCACACCCCCCAUCGUGGCCAGGUUCACCACCAGAGACCAGAGAGACGCCUGGAUACAAGCCUUCAAAAAGAAAAAGACGGUUAUGGCCUGAUCUACAUCGGCGAACACCUCACCCCUGAUAACAAACAACUUCUGCGUAAGCUUAAAGAUGCCUGUAAGGAACUUAACAUCAAGUACGUGUGGUGUAGGGAGGGAAAGUUCUAUGUAAGAAGAACCGAAGGUGCGACCAGUGAAAGGAAUGCAGGUGACCCCGCACAGCUAUCCUCCUUCACCCUGCUCAACGAGAUAGUCACCAUCUUCGGCUCGUCCUCCAGCUCUAGACAACCCCAGGAGCCCAGGGAUCACAGUGGACUGGCGGCGGGUCAUUUAUUCUUUUUACACAGAAAGCUACCAGGAGACGGAAGGAGCCUCCCAGAGAGCAGCUAA